AUGGCCCCAUUACAGCAAGGUUCUUUCAAGCGUCAAGUCGAAGUUGGCCGUGUCGUCCUCCUCAACAACAACAAGUUGGCUGUCAUUAUUGACAUUGUCGACCACAAGCGUGUCCUCAUUGAUGGUCCCACCACUGGUGUUGCCCGUCAAGCCUGGACUCUCCGUCACUUGACUCUCACCAACCUCGUUGUCAAGGGUCUUCCCCGUAACGCUGGUCAAAGCACUGUCAAGAAGUGCCUCGAGAAGAACGACACUCUUAACACCUGGGCCAAGUCUGCUUGGGCUCAAAAGCUUGCUCAACGCCAAGUUCGUGCCAACUUGUCCGACUUUGAUCGUUUCAAGGUUCAAAAGCUCAAGAACAAGCGUCGCGUUGCUGUCAACUCUACUGUCGCUGCUGCCUUGAAGAAGGCUUAA